UGGCGCGGUAAGGGGGAUCAGCUAUUGGUCGCGCACUGCGCGUGCAUUUGUUAGUGCUGCGCGAAGAGCGUGUGUAGUUCGUGAUACCAGAGGUGACUGGAACUGUCACGCACGAGACUACACCCGUCUUCAAAAUGUCAAAUCGAGCAUGGGUAACGCUAGCUACAAACGAUUCAUAUGGUCUGGGUGCCUUGGUGCUGGCGCAUUCGUUGCGCCGCGCAGCAUCCGUGUACCCUAGUGUGGUACUCAUCACACCUUCCGUCACCGAACCAAUGAGGGAACGCCUUCGCGCAGUAUUUGCUGAAGUAGUAAUAGUUGAUGUCUUAGAUUCCGGCGACGCUGCUCACCUAGCAUUGUUGCAGCGUCCAGAACUUGGCAUUACAUUCACAAAAAUUCACUGCUGGGGCCUUACACAGUAUGAGAAAUGCGUGUUCCUCGAUGCUGAUGCUCUGGUAGUUCAAAACUGCGACGAGUUAUUCGAGCGAGAGGAGUUGUCUGCAGCGCCCGACGUCGGCUGGCCUGACUGCUUCAACUCUGGAGUGUUCGUAUACAAACCCUCGGCAGAGACUUUCGAAAAGCUCAUCAAGUUCGCGCAGGAACGUGGCAGCUUUGAUGGUGGUGACCAAGGGCUUCUGAAUUCAUUCUUCUCUGACUGGGCGCGUGGAGACAUCAACAGACAUCUGCCUUUCCUGUACAAUGUCACGUCUGCCGCCUUCUAUUCAUAUCUGCCUGCUCUCAAACACUAUGGGCAGAAUCUCAAAAUUAUCCACUUCAUCGGCGCAGCCAAACCUUGGCUACAGCAAUUCAAUUUCGAAACUCGAUCAGCCGAGGGUCCGGAGUACCUGCGGGAGUUCCUUCAACUAUGGUGGGAUAUAUUCGUCAGCCAAGUACACACUCAACUCGAUGUUGCCAUGGUUGAGGUGCAUGAAGCCCCUCCAGCGUUACCCUCGCAAGAUGUCAGCCACUACUAUAUGCCGAAAAUCGAUCCAGAAUCUGAAUUCCCUUGGCACCGCCCGGAAGCUCAAAUAGAAGAAGAAACCAAUGCAACAGAAAUAGACGUAACUCAAUUCUAUGACCCUUGGCAACAUUAUAAAGGGAAUAUUCUGCCCAACAUGAUCGACUCUGUUGCACAUACGGGGCUACAAAGAAUUGAUCUUGAUGAAAUGAGAAAAUAUGCGUCGACGUCAAAUGAAAUGAAAUAUUACGAAGAAAUAUCCCAGCAACCAGAUAUUCAAAAUCAAAAUAAUGUCCAGUAUUGGUACAUUAAUAUGCAACAAAUCCAACAACAGCAUUACACUAUACACUGCCGCCACGAACACAAUCACGAUAGUUUUGAAAACGGGAAAAUACACCAUCGCCCCGAUUGUAGUCAUACACAACCAGAUAAAUCUAAUCAUACUCUUGAACACACUCAGGUUUAUUCUAGUCACUUGCACCAUAAUCACUCGCCAAAUAAUUCUAGUCAAACUCAAUUCAAAAUUGUUAUUGAUAAUUUUAUUAAAUUUCAAGAUGAUAUGGAGUCAGGGGCUCGCAUUUCGGAAAAUCGAAUUCCGAUUCAUACCUAUAAUAAAAAAAAUCACCGAUGGCACAGAACGAAUCGCAUAGAUAUACCAUUACAAUUAAAUACAAAUACCAAUGGAGAUGUUUUUGAUGAUAUAAUACCGAGACAUCCAUACGAUGAGUUCUAUUUAAGGCAUCGUGCCACUAUAGAUUAUCGUGGACAUAAAAUUUGUACACAUGAAAUACCACCGACUCCUACGUCGUCACCGCUCUCACCGAGGUCCAGAUCACCAAUUUUGUUAAACGGUAACAGGUGUAUAGAGGAGGCAAUUGGUAUUGAAUUUUCAUUACAGAGUGGAGUUGCUGGUAACUUGGCCCGAGUAGCCUCAGGCGCACCUGGAUCCCAACGAGAAGCUCUGGAUGAGCUUUCACGUCGUCAGGGUUGGGAAGCGGGCAACAUAGAUUACUUGGGAGCAGACUCUUUCGACAAUAUUUGGGCUAAAAUCUCACAAACACUUAAUCAACCUCGAGUAUCUCCUCCAAAAGAGCCGACUGCUCCAAUUACAAUACAACCUACACCAUUACCAACAGGACCAUCGCCAGCAUCAGAGCAAGUAGAAACAGCGCCCGUUUCUGUUGAGGUAGCACAAGAAGCGGUAACAAUAGAUGCUGCUCCUGCACUUGGCGAAGCGCCUAUUGUGCCUGUUGUUGCGCCAACAAUUUCUGAAACAUCAGCCCCAACAGAAACUCCUGCUGCAGUAGAUGCGGUGCCACCAGUGACACCUGAUACUUCAGCAACUACGCCACCGGUGCAAACUGAGGCACCAGCUCCAACAGAAGCUCCCGCACCAACAGAAACACCUGCACCUGCUCUAACAGAGGCAUCCUCGCCUGCGGCAACGGAAACACCCGCACCAGCAGAAACGCCUGCACCCACAGAAGCACCUGCACCAACAGAAGCACCUGCGCUAACAGAAGCACCUGCACUAACAGAAGCACCUGCACCAACAGAAGCACCUAUACCAACAGAAGCACCUGCACCAUCAGAAGUACCUGCACCAACAGAAGCACCUGCACUGACAGAAGCACCUGCACCAACAGAAGCACCUGCACCAACAGAAGCACCUGCACCAACAGAAGCACCUGCAACAACAGAAGCACCUGCACCAGUAGAAACACCUGCACCAGUAGAAACACCUACACCAGCAGAAGUACCUGCACCAGCAGAAGCACCUGCAUCAACAGAAGCAACUGCACCUGCAGCUGUGUCAACAGAAACACCUACACCCACACUAUCGGAACCAGUCGCAUCACCACCAACUGACGCAGCCGUAUCCGCACCAGCUGAAGCGGCCGUACCAGUAUCAACUGAAGCAUCUGUACCAGUACCAACGGAAGUACCUACGCUUGCGCCUUUAGAAGGACCAGUCACAACAGAAGCACCUACAUCUACACCAGUGGAAGCAGCCACAACUACACCAGCACCAGCGGAAGCUGCCGUAUUAGCAGAAAUACCAGUAUCUGCACCAACGGAAGCAUCCGCAUCUACAGGUACAGAGAUACCUGCAACUGUACAAUCAGAAACACCUGUAACAAUAGAGACAUCCGCAUCAUCAGAAGUUCCUGUUUCGGUUGAAGCAUCUGCUCCAGUUCCAACAGAUGCUUCCGUGCAGCCUCCAGUAGCAGUUGAAAUAACUACACCAAUAGAUAUUCCGACUUCAGUUGAAUCUAUUGCGUCAGUACCAACUGAGACGCCUGCAGUGCCUUUGCAGGAAGCAGCACCCACACCAACAGAAGUUCCUGCUGAAGCCCCUGCCCCAGAAUCUACAGCAGUCUCCGGACUACCUACACCAACACAGGCUGAAGUACCUGCAACUGUGGAAACUGUAGCACCAGUCGAAGUUUCACUACAGGAAACAGCGCCAGUGUCUGCUGUCACUGCUCCGAUAGUACCGACUGCUGCAGAUAGUGUACAACCACCUAUAGUAGAAUCAGCAGCAGUGCCUACGACAGUUGAAUCUUCUCCACAGCCUACAGGAGAAAAUGCUGCUGCAGAAGUUCCGGUUGGAGUGGAAACCAUACCUUCAAAAGAGGAGACAUCACAAAAGACUGAAAAGCCAGAAGUGCCCCCUACACCACCAGUAACACCAAAAUCGACACCGGAGGCAGAAGUAGCGCCAAGUUUAGAUACACAAGUAACUGCUGAGGUACCACAAACUGCUGCGCCAGCCGAUGCUUCAGCGGUAGCUGUUGCAGCAGAAACGACGGUAACAGAGCCAGUAGCAGCAACAACACAAGAAAAAGCUAGCGAUAGUCCUCCUCUAGCAAACACACCGUCCAAAGAUGAGGCGCCAGGAGUGCCGGCUGCCAAAUCUGAGGAGCGCCGCAAGCCAGCGGGGAAGCUGCAGCUGAGUCCCCCCGCCGCCGCCGACCCACUCCCCACCCCCGACAGCGAGCUGGAGGACGCAGCUGCGCUCGCGCAGUCCAUCAUCGCCAGCGAGCUGCAGACACCCACGGUCACCUCGCCAGAACCCUCCACACCCGCUUCACCUCCGCCGCCCGGUCAAGCAGAGAGACUCGCUGUGGAAGAACCCGAGGUUCCGACGCCACCCGUAGACAGCGUGUCCCUCGCACAGAUAGGGGUCAAGGCCAGCAAAGGGAAGUCCACGACCGCCGCGCAGAUUGAAUCCUCGGUGACGGAGAAAACGGAACCGGAAACUCCGACGCAGGAGACACCGGCGCCGUCGACGCCGACACAGGCCAGUAAAUCCACGGAUGCACCUAAAAAGAAGGUUGUGAAGAAAGCGGCCAAGAAAGAUAAAGAGGGUGCGUCGAGCGCCGACACGCCCGUCCCGCCGCCGCGCAAGAAGGAAAAGAAGCCCAAAGAAUAAGAACGUCACGCUAUUGAUAGUUCCUCUGUGCCAUAUGAAAUGUAAUCUUCCUUUUAUAAUUUUAGUCUAUAUUUUUUAUUUUUAAAUGCUUCUAUGUAUGGCGUAAUCGUUUCUACUUAGAAUUCAUUUAUAUUAGUCAUCUUUCACCGCGUUUAUGUUUUAUAUUAUUUUAUGUUAGUAAAUAAGAUAUUUACUGUUUUACAAUAUAACAUUAAUUAUUUUGGUUUUUUUUUAUAUAUUAUUGAAAGAUUUUACCAAAGCAUGAGACGUAUUUAUUAAAUGAAGUUUU